AUGAGCGGAAAGCGGCUUAAGCCGUUUUCUUUCGACGCUACUUUUGUAGACAAAAGUGGAAAGAAAUCGAGGAAAACUUUUUCGCUAACGGCGGAAUCCACGCUUCGUACCCCACGAACCUGUUCAGUUGAAAAUGAACAACCUGAGAUCGUCGAACCUUUCUCGUUUGAGGAGUUUAGUGAGAGCGGUUCUGGUCUAUCUUCGUACGAGAAAAGACAUAUCGCCAACAUCCAGAAAUGGGACAACAUAAGAAGACAGUUGUUUGAUUCUUAUGUGGAGGAAUGCUGUUUUCCGACUGACACAACAUGUGUUUACUGCCUCCAAGAACCAGCAACACUGCGAUGUCAAUAUUGUGGCCCCAAGCAGUACUUCUGCCUUGAAUGUGCUAAUAUUUUGCACAGUGUGAGGAACCAUUUUCAUGUUUUGGAAAAAUGGAAGGAGGGGAUGUUCACCCCUUAUGUGGUCAACGGAUUACCAUUAGGUUUCCAAUGCAACUGUGGAUCUGCUGAAGCAAGAGACAUUGUGUGUAUUGAUGAGCACGGUAUGAGAAUGUUUAGCUUUGCACAUAGUAAUCUGCAAUCAGUAUUCAAAAAAGUUUGGUUUUGUAACUGCUAUCACCCAACCACAACACUAAUAAAGAACAACUUGUGGCCAGCAUCUCCUGAUAAACCUGCCACAGCCUUCACAUUUUAUUUAAUGGAUCUGAUGGAAACAGUGUUCUUGCACUGCAAAGUUUCCCUCAGAGAAUUUUGUGAAGCCGUUGAACUGUUAAGGCCCUCGUUACAACCAAGAAUGGUUUUUUCAAUAUAUCAACUCCUAAAUCAAGCAUCUUUUGAAGAGUACAGGUACUUCAAGUAUCAAAUUAAGAAAAUGACUCAGUGCUUCCCAGACCUCUGGAAUGGUACAGUUUGUCCGCUUUGUCCAAAGGAAAAUGGAAUUUUGAUAGAGAGCAUGGAUGCAUGCUUUGGUCUUUCCAGGAAGAAAUGCCAGGGACUGAAAUCAAUAGGAGUUCCAAAACAUGGACAGCUGAUGUUUGCAGACCAAGAUGAUGUUGACAAUUUUGUAAAUGGCUACUGUGAACGUGCUUCUGAGGUUUCAAAGGACUGCAGCUCAUUUCAUGCUGGUGAACUUGCAAGCUCCAUUAGAUCAAAAGGAAAGAAUAAACUUUUUGAUGAGAAAGGAGUCUUUGGUCGUGUCUGCAGACAUGACUUCCCCAAAGGAUUUCAUAGCAUCAAACAUGGUGAAAGGAUUGGUUAUCCACUUUACGAGGUUAAGCGCUUUCUUGACGAGAACAAUAAAAGUCUAAAGUUUGUCAUGCUCUAUGACAUUGCAUGCAUAUUGUCCUCACAUAUGAAGAAAAAUGCACAAGAAUUACUGUUCAACCCAACCCAGUUGACCUUGGGUAUACCAAUUUUUCACUGUUAUGGUCACAAAGCUUCAUGUCAGAUCAAGUAUUCACCAAGACGUAUUGAUGGAAUUGGUCUCACAGAUGGUGAGGGUACUGAGAGGCUUUGGGCUUUCCUUCGUGACUAUUCUAGGAUAACAAAGGAAAUGGCAGCAGAUAAAAGAAUUGAUGUCCUUACUGAUGGUCUUUUGCACUACGGAGAUCAACUCCGUGAAAAGUUUGGACCUUCGUUGAAGAGAAAGUUUAGACGAAGUAAAGAAAUUCUCCAAAACUCAACUGAAAAAAUUGAUUCCCUGUGCAAGUCUUUGUCAGAACCUGUUACAGAGCAAGAUAUUGAGAAUCUGUAG